UUGGUAAUUAUCGAUCAAUCUUCACACCUCGGCGCGGGUCAAUAGACAAGGACAAUGGUUUAUGACAGUGUGUGUUUUCACAUCCAAUUGCGACAGGCUAAUAAUUCAUGAAUAUUCAUGAAGUGAUAUUAUCCAAUCACAGAAAAGAAAGGGCUACGUAAUGGCGUUUGUUUGAGAAAAAUCGGCCGGAAGCUAUUUGUUCAAAAAAUCGUCAAAGUUCACCUUUUCUUACAGAAAAACUACAAGGUUGUGCAAUAUAUAUAUUGACAUCCUAAUGAUGACUUAAACAUCAACUUGAAAUGGCAGGACAGUACCCUGGCCCAUUUUGUGAGGAAGCUGGACUUCUGUCAGCAAAUCCUAUCCACAAUGUGAUAGAACCAAAACCUGAAGGAACCCUCAAACAUGGCCAUAUUAUUGAGCUGAAGAAAUUUGCUGAUGCAUCAAAACUCCCUCUAACCAAUCUCAUUACCUGGCUAAAUCAAAUUGACAAAAAGACAUGUGAAAUUAAACAAGCCACGCUGUCUGUCCGCAUCAAACGUGUUAUUGAAACAAACAAAAAGUUGCUACACAAAAAGAAAGUAGCUGGAUUCAAGACUUCGAACGAGUACCAGAAUUCUCCGUUCAUUCCUUUGACUGUCUCGCUGUCAGGAAACACGACAACCAAAGUUAACAAUAAUGAGACUUGUGUUGAAAAAAGUAAAACUGAAAGUGAAAUGUCUGAUCCAAAGAAAGUUACUUCAAAACAAGAUAAUUAUUCAGAAUUAGAGAAAUGUGUAAGCAAAGAUGCAUUUAACAAAUCCAAAAUGUGUUAAUGAAAACAUUUCAGCAACAUUUGUUAACUUAUUGCACUGUCACUGUGAUAUAUCUAACUUAUUGAAUUUGUUUUAUGUUAUCAUUCAUUUCAUGUAAAAAUGUUGAUUUCUCAUUGAUUUUAUGUAUGUUGUAAAUGUACAAAUAAAAUUUAAAAUA